AUGGUCCAUAGCUCUCAUGGAGUUUAUGGUCCAGCCACCUUAAGGGAGGAAGGAGACAAGGAUGAAAGGAACACCAGAGACCCAGUGUGUCUCUCCGAGUCUGAGAGCGCCGUGGGCACCUCGUCAGAGAUGUUGGUGCGGUUCGGAAGGCGCUGUGGACAGGCGAAGGAAAGCACAGAUAUAAAGAAAUCUGAAGAAGAUCAACUUCUCUAUCCACCUCUUCUACCUAGCAAAGUAGAUCUCCGGGAGGUCACCAUAAUUCCACACAAUGAGUGGAAAAGGAUUCGAGAUAGCCUUGAUAGUUUGGCAAGAGAAGCAGCAUGCCUUCGUGCAGAAAGAAAGGCAAAGAAAGAAAUGCAUUUCCGAUCCCAAGAAGUGGUAAAACAUUGGACUAAUACUUACGCAGGGAUGAAAGAACAGAAACUUGAAGCCAAAAAGAAGCGUGAUGAAGAAAUAGAGGCAGAAAGACAAAUUCUUGAUGUGGAAGAAGCAAUACACAAACAAGGAGAAAGGAAAAAGGCCAUUGAGAAUGCAAAGCAAUAUCAAUUUUACCAGACAGAAAGAGUGAAAAACUUUCAUUCAGGACUUCUUCUUAGUAGAGUUAUGAAAGAACGUGAUGCACAGAUUCAAUCCCAAAAGAGUAAAAUAAAAUCAGAUAAAAAGUGGGAGGAACAAUUAAAACUCAACAUUGAAAAAGCUUUUAAAGAAGAACAAGAAAAAGCAGAAAAACAACGUAGAGAUAGAGUGGCUCUUGCCAAUGAUCAUUUAAAACAAAUAAAGGAACAUAAAGAGGAAGAAGAAAGAAGGAAAAAAGAUGAAGAAAAGGAUGCUGAGGAAAUAAAGCGACAGAAUUCAUUAUAUGAAAUAGAAAUGAAAAAAAAACUAGAAAAGAAAAAAGAAGAGAUAAAUGAAAGCAGGAGACUGUUUUUUGAACAUAUGAAUGAUAAAAAUAUCAUCAAAGCUGUAGAACAGCAGCAGAAAGAGGAGGAAGAUGAAAAGAUUAGAAAAUUUAUCAAAGCAAAAAAGCGUCUUGCACAAAUAGGGAAAGAAAAAGAAGCUGAAACACACAGGCUAAUGGAGGAACGGAGAGAAAGAAUAAAUAACUUCCUGAGUGAACUAAUGAAAGAGAAACUUGACAAUGAAGAUUUGAUUAUUGCUAGAGAUAUUGCAGAAGCUGAGGCUGAAUGGGAAAAAAGAGAAAGGGAAAAGUAUGAAAAAAACAAAUCAGAAUUAAAAGCAAUUGCAGAAUAUAGAGCCAUUGUGAUGAAAAAUAAAGAGGAAGAAAAAAGACAAAGAAAAAUAGAGGCUAAAGAACAAUUACUGGCUAUCAUGAAAGCAGAUCAGAUUUUCUUGGAGCGUGAAAAGGAGAAAAAACGCAAAGCUGAUAAAGAACACCGAGAAGUUCAAGAGGCCCAUAUUCAGCAAAUGGCCAAAAAUAAGUUUAAUGCAAAGCAAGCAAAACAAGCAGAAUUAGAGUAUUGCAGACUUACUGAAGCUCUUGCGGCUGAAAAGGAGAAAGAAUUUCAGGAUUAUGCCAGAGAAGUAAUUGAACUUGAGUCUGAAUCAACAAAUAAAUAUAUAUAUCCUCUUGUAAAAGCUGCACAGGAAGGACCUGGAGGUGGCCGUGGACCAGUUUUUGUGGACAGAGGUGGAUUAAGACCCAGCUAUCAGGCAAAUGAUAUCACUGGAGUCCAGCUCCCUUUCUAUAACUCUCAGGGAUCAAAAUAUAAUAAUUUUCAAAAGUCUAAGGGAAGGCUAGGUUUUACAUGGUAGAAAAUUUUAUUUUUAAGAUUGAGAAGACUAAGCUGUAGCUAAUGUUAUGCUAAGUCGUACAAACAUGAGCUAUGAAUGUAAGUCAAUUAUAUGCUUAUAAUUUGUUAAUAAAGCUGCUCUUCAUCUGAGUACAA